UAAAACUCACUCUGUAAUUUGUCAUCUCUUAGAGAGUAGUAAUAUUCCUUCUUAUUAUUCGUUAUUAAAAUCCCAGAUCGUUUUGUAGCCGUAAUACCUAUAUGUUUCCUUUCCAUUUAAGUAAAUAAUAGUAAUAUUAUUAUGUUAAAGGCCAAGGGGUGAUUCGGGUAACCCAACGAUGGAAGUAGCUGGUCUUUAUGGACCUUAUAUCUUCUAAUCAAGUUCUCUAAUAAAAUAUAAUCGGCCAAUUUUGUCAUAUUUUGUGUCUUGGAACUCGUAGGCAUCGAUGUAAACGCCUAUGCUACUAGUGUAAGAGAUGAACGACCGGGGUGCUAGGCGAAGCUUCGGCGCGCCGUUCUAUGCAGCCCCGCGCCGCAAGACCUCCGCGGAGAUCAUCAGCGAAGCCCGAGCUGCUAUCAGUGCUGAGAUGAGCAGCAUGGCGAACGUGGGAGGCGCCCUGCGUCCGUUGCGCACGCGCCGACCGUUCACGCCGCGCGAACCGCAACGCACGCUGUUCACUGAAAACGCGCGGAACAAGGACGCCCGCCCGCCCAGCGCGUUUGACCUGAAACAUCUGACAUUAACGGAGAGCAGCGAAGACGAUUUUGUUGUUGCCCAGCCUGGUAAUCGGGAUGAAGACUCCAUCAGACGAGAGAUGCCAGCGGAAAAUUAUUCCAAGAAAAUACCAGCUGUUCGACCAUUGCGGGAUGCACAAGAACGAUCAAACGAAGGUUGGGGCCGUUUCACCAAAUUGCCCCAUCUCAGUGGCAGAAGCAAGCCUUUGCAUCGGAGAAAUACUACUGAACAAACUGUUUCCAGUACAAGUCCGGAUUUAACCCAAUCGAUUUCUGUAACAAGACCUUUCAGUAAUGAAAAUAGGUCCGUGUUGAGUGAAAAUCCUAUAAAUAAAAAUGACCUUAGUAAAUGUGAGAAAGUUCCUCUUACAGUCGGUGUUAGUCCUGAUACAUCUAGUAAAAGAAAACAAUUUGCGUCGAAAUCAAUUUCAUGCGAGGCGGGCACUACGAUUGGGGAAGUGUUUGUCAAGCAACUUGAAGUUCAGUUGCCCAAUACAUUUAGAGGCAACGAUGAUUAUAACAAUAUGAGUGUCCUGGAGUUAGCCGAAGCACUUUCUCAGAAAACUCGUGACGUAGACCGAAUCAUUCAGUUGCUUGCCGCUCUCCAGAACAUUAUCGUGAAAACAUCACCAGCGAACAGUCUUCGUGAGUUGGUGCUCCGUUCACUAUACACGCAUAUUGACUGCGAAGAUGAGCGAGUUCUAGUGGCUAUAGCGAGGGCUAUGCUUACGAUGGAUGUAACUGGUGCACACCUGGCAGCUGCUUGCAAACUAGUGUUCAAAAUCGCGAGAAAUGACAAAAACGAUCUCUUUUUCAAGAACAGUAAUCUUCUUGAGUUGCUAGUCGAAGGAUGCGGUCGUGUGGAUCCGCUGUCAGAAAGCGAAUGCUGCGUUUACGCGGCGGGCGCGUUGCGGUUUCUUGCGUUGGAGCCGCAGCUGUGUGCGUUGGCGCAUCACGCUGGUGCAUUGCCUCUCGCCGCACUACACCUCAAAAUACUCAACAAUGCGAAAGCGGAAAGACCUCGUCAUGUUUCGGAUCAAGCAACUCACGCUCUGUACCAAGUGACGGGUGCGCUUCGGAACCUGGCGAGUAAUGAGGGGAGCGGACGAGCAUUUGCAGCCAGUGGAGUGCUCGCCGAGCUGCUCGCCGCGCUUACCUUGCACACUGAUCGAGACGUGCUCACCAAUGUGGCGAGAUGUCUUAGCGUUUUAUCAGCAGACGACAGCUGUUGUGCGUGGUUGUGUGCGUCACCAAUAAGCGCAAGUGCGUUGCUCACAGCUUUAGCGGCGUGCGCCUCUAGAGCGCCUCUUACUGUCCGCUUGGCGUACACUCUGGGCAACAUGGCCGCAGCGGAUGAACAGGCUCGUAUUAACAUAUACAACGAGGAAGGUGGCAUUGAUGUACUACUGACAGUACUAGAAUCUUACUCUCAUCGCAAUGAGAGCGAUGCGAAAGAUCUUGAUUCCGAUCCAGACUUGCAUUUAGUUGGAUCGGACCUUGGUGGAUCUGACGGAUCUAAUGAAGACGUACUCAUAAAGACAGUACGCGUGAUAGCUAACCUCUGCCUGGCCGAGCUCGCCGGUAGGGGGCUGGCGGCGACGCAUGCUGAGCGAACUGUUCGGGCGCUACUCUCUUGCUUGCAGCUGGCCGAAAAACCUGUCCAUAAGGCAUCAGAUAUAUCUGAGGCAGACUACAACUCAUGGGUAGAGCGUCACGAGGAGUUGGCGAUGGCGGCACUCGCGACCCUCAACAACAUCACCUUCUUCUUCGAGCCUUCGGAGUCCUCACAUCAUAAUAUCUUGGAGCAGCUUUGUAAAGCUACAUGUCGAUGGGUGCGCGGCACCGGCGCAGCGGCGUGUGAAGCGGUGCGAGCGCUGGGCAACCUGUCCCGCUCUGCGCGUGCCUCGCAGCUCAUCGUGCUGGAGGGUGCUCUUGACGCGUUGCCUCCACUGCAACACCACGAAGAUCCCAGUGUCCGCUGCGCGGCGGCAGGGUUGCUAGUGAACGUGUGCGGGGCGGGCGGCGCGGGCGACGCCGCUGCUGCCGCAACGCGUGCCCUCAGCGACGCGGCGCACACGCGCGACGUGUCCGCCGCUGCGCUGCUAGCGCGCGCGCUCUGGAACGCGCAGGCACAUCGUCCUCUCGACCCCACACAAGCGCAGCAAGCCACUGCUGCACUCGCUGUCUUUAUUGAUGACGAUUCAAUGUUCACCGCCUGCGAAGUACCGAAAAUUGGAGAUCGACGUGCCAGCGAUCCUCAGUUGUCUAGACUUCAUCACGUAAAAUUCGAUAUCGAUAACAACAACUACCAGCACAAAGUGAAGGAUUUUUGCCGUGAGCCCAACCUGGCGGUCAAGGCGUACAGUGUGGAGGAGGACUUGCAUUUAGAGCAAGAUGAUGAUGAAGGCGAACGUUACUCGGGCGAAGACUUGGGGUUUGAAGAAGGUGAGAUAGAAGAAUGUGAAUGCGCUCCGUGUAAGAGAUUAGCGGCAUGGGAGGAGUUGAUAGGAGUCGCUAUACCAUUGCUAGAGCAACUCCGUCCUCCGAGAGCUGACGCCUCAGUAGGCACAGACUGACGAGAAAAACAUCUAUACUAAUAAGUAAAAUUGGAGUGUCUGUCUGUAAUUUCGAACUACAUACUCCUCAAUCCUGAUGCUGCAGGGGACCUGACCACCAAAGCUGACGGGAUUCAGUUAUAAAUUGAUAUUGAAGGGACCAAGUAAAGAUUUUGUCGUUGGACCUCGGCCCUGAUGCUGUAAGGAAUUACAUUCCCAAAUCCUGGUGAUCCCUCGGGAUUUUUAAAGGAUCACCCGUUUACCCGGGGACGAGCUAUUACGGCGAGGCUACUUUUGCCCUAGAAAACCAAAAGUUCCCACGGGAUUUUAAAAGCCUAAAUCCACGCGGGCGAAGCUGCGGGCAUCGGCUGUUAAUUAAUGAAGGGUUCCAUAUCAUCGUAGAAGAUUAUGUAGGUACUUUUUAUAGUUUACAUAACGGCCAAUUUGAAAUUAUUAUUAUUGGCUGUUUUAUGUAAAAAAAGGGUUUUAUGUACUUUCUUAGUUACUUACUUAUGAAUCCAAGGUUGUUCUGUAUGUAUUUGUACUUAUAUUAUUAAAAACUUAUUCGAUAUAUA